AUGGCCAAACCACAAAAGCGUUCGCUAUUUCUUAGUUCCUACAUUUUUCUGUACAAUGUUGUACUAUUUCUCAUACAUUUUGUAAUUUUCGUUAAGCUGUUGGACUCAUUUCUAUCAGGAAGAUUUGUCUAUACGGAACAUUUCCCGCUAUUUUGUAUUGGUACCGCCGCGCAGUUACUGGAUAUUUUUCAUGGAAUCUUAGGGAUCACAUCAACGGGUAUUCUGGCAGGAACAAUCCAGGUUUUGGGACGCUUGUCAAUGCUCUACAUUGUGGAAGGCAAUCCUACAAUCCAUAAUCAAAUCACAACUCCUAUCCUGCUCUUUGCUUGGGUACUGAUAGAACUUUUCAGGUAUCCAUUCUACGCCUUUCGUGCAUGGGAUAUCGAUAUCUAUAUUCUUGCUUGGUUACGUUACUCAGCAUGGAUUCCACUUUACCCAAUAGGACUUACAAUGGAAUGGCUCAGUCUAGUCACCUCGUUGAAGUUCUACUAUGAAACCGGUAAAUAUGCGCUCCGUAUCCCGAACACGAAUGUGGAACUCAACUUCGCCGUUCUUCUUGGCCUCUUCGCAUUUGUUGCAAUGCCAUUUGUGAGCAAGAAACUGCUAGGACAUAUGAACAAGCAGAGAAGGAUGAAGCUCAACCCUUCAAAGAGAGAUUAG